AAACUGCUCGAGGAACAAAAACAGUCGGUACGAAAUCUGAAGGAAAGUAGGAAAAGCCGAGAAAACGGCGAGGUAAAUCGAAUUAAGGAAACGACGCGUUGCUGUUGGAUGGAUUGGCGUCGGACUGCACACGUUGCGAAGAGGCCGCGUCCUCGUGACGGUUUCGUCGAGCGCAUCGAGUGAAUCGCGAUAGAGCACCCUCGACACGUCUGCUUGUCGAACAAAAGGGACGGCAGCUUGAAUCCGGCUGGCCACUCGUCGCGCCAACCCCUAUUUUUCCGCCCUCUGCCGUCUGACCAUCUCGCUCGUCCGCACCCCUCUCCAACAAGGAGAAUCGAAAUCGAAGGUCGAGCGUUCGUUGAUCCGAGGUUGGAGAGCGAGGGGAUUUUUCAAGGCAAGAUCGUGUGAGCGCGGACGUGUCCCAUGAAGUCGAUAGACGACGGCAGCAAAGUCGGGGCGCGAUCUUCGAGCAUCACCGACACGGGAUCGGACGUCUAUCGCGGCACCAGGUGAAUCGAAGUCGAGCAACGCUCGCCCACAAGUAAAUCCCGCCUUUGCGCCAUGUACAAGAUCCUUCGACGCGGCUCCAGCCGCGUGUUCGUCGCCUGCGUGGUUCUCUUGACUCUGCUCUUGUGUCUGUACUACGUGAACCAGGCACAAGCGCCGUCCACAGGUCCGUCUGCCGGCAUCCUGAACGAGGAGCUGAGAUACGAUCGAGGUCUGACCUCCAUCACGCCGGACUACGUUGAAUCUCCAGAUGCCAGGGUCUCGCUGGACACCUGUCCCGUCAUCGUGCCCAGGAACGUGAACAUCGACACGCAACAGGAGUUCAGGAAGUUCGACUUUCAGCCGUCGUGGAUGCGCAGCCGGGAAUACUGGGACGACAGCUUCGAGACUCGUUACGUGGUGCUCAGGAAAGAUCCGACGAGGCCGCCGUUGAAGGUGAUCCUGGUGCCUCACAGUCAUACAGAUCCAGGAUGGUUGAAAACGUUCGAGCAGUACUUCCACAGCUCCACCAGGAGCAUCUUGAACAACAUGGUCUCGAAGCUUCAGCAGUGGCCCAACAUGACUUUCAUCUGGAGCGAAGUGUCCUUUUUGUCACUUUGGUGGGAAAGUGCCCAUCCCACCAAGAAGAUGGUCGUGAAAAGGUUAGUGAAAGAUGGCAGGCUGGAGAUGACCACAGGGGGCUGGGUGAUGACCGACGAAGCAACGUCGCACAUCUACGCCAUGUUGGAUCAGCUGAUCGAGGGUCACCAGUGGCUGAAGACGAACCUGGACGUGAUCCCAGAAUCUGGUUGGUCCGUGGACCCUUUUGGUCAUGGUGGUACUAUACCAUACUUCCUGAAAGCCUCUGGAGCUUCUGGUACAGUCAUCCAGAGAAUACACUAUGCGUGGAAGCAGUGGUUCGCCAAGGAACAGUACGGUGACUUCAUCUGGAUACAGCCCUGGGAUCAAACCGGCAAGGCUGAUAUGUUGACUCACAAUCAACCGUUCGAUAUCUACAACAUCAAGCAUUCCUGUGGUCCACAUCCUCAUGUGUGUCUGAACUUCGACUUUAGGAAAAUUCGUGGAGAGUAUACUGAGUAUUCGGUCAGGGCGGUGGAGAUUACGCCCAACAAUGUGAAACAGAUGGCUGAGCUACUUCUGGAACAGUAUUCUAGGACCGGAUCACUGUUCACGCAUAACGUGGUGUUGAUGCCGCUUGGGGAUGAUUUUAGAUACGACCAUGCUAUCGAGUGGGACCAACAGUACACCAACUAUAAAAUCCUAAUGGAUUACAUUAACAGUAGAAAAGAAGAGUACAAUGCAGAAAUAGUGUUCGGUACACCUAAGGACUACUUCCGUGAAAUCAGAAAACGAAUCGAGGAGUUUCCAACGUUGAAGGGCGACUUCUUCGUAUACUCCGACAUCUUCAGCGAGGGCAGACCAGCCUAUUGGAGCGGCUACUUCACUACGAGGCCGUAUAUGAAAAUUUUGGACCGUGAGUUGGAAGCUAAUCUCCGAUCAGCUGAGAUCCUCUACACCAUAGCUCUAAACGUGGCCAAACAAUCUGGCAAAGACUUCAUGCUGUAUGAGACUUAUUUCGAGAAACUGGUGAAGGCCAGGAGAAAUUUAGGUCUCUUCCAACAUCACGAUGCCAUCACUGGCACCUCCAAGUCCUUCGUCAUGAAGGACUAUGCUUUAAAACUGUUCGAAUCUAUUUCAGACACGACCAGUCUCCAGAGUUUCGCCAUUCAGUCUCUGGCUGGAAGCGCCAGCAAGCCUAAUUCUGUGUAUGUUCUGGCUGAAUCGGAUAGAGACAGCUACGAAAAGCUACCAAAAAAGAUACCCAUUGGUAUCAAUGGUCAGGAAACUAAGAAGAUAGUCCUAUUCAACCCUCUGGCUCAGCCCAGGCAGGAGGUGAUCAGUCUCAAAGUCACUUCCUACAAAAUUAGGGUUCUGGAUACACAGAAGAACCCUAUUCCGUAUCAGAUAGCUCCUGUGAUGAAUGCCACGAGCAUCACUCACGAUGUUUACGUUUUGUUAUUUGUGGUUGAACUGAAACCUUUGUCCAUAGCCACGUAUCAUCUUCAGCAGGUAGAUAAGGUGCCCAUGGAGGCAAUUUCCACGGUGUAUUGCAGCAGAUGUGGCAAGGACAACGUAUUUCCUAUCAAACCCAUGCAAGUAGGCGACGUUCAGUUGGAAAACCAAAGGAUGAAACUGCUGUUCGAUGGUCAGACCGGGUUCUUGAAGAGGGUGACCAAAAAGGCGACUGGUAAGAUCAUGCAAUGCGCCAUUCAGUUCGCUGCCUAUCCGUCUGCGCAGUUCCACAGUGGGGCCUAUUUGUUCAUGCCUGAUCCUAAUCUUCGAGACAUCGAUAAGGACGUUCUUGAAGCGUACACCCCUCAUCAAAAGAUCUACAUCGUUAGUGGAAGCCUGAGUUCGAGGCUGACAGUCGAGUAUGGAAAGUUGUUGAGCCACCACGUAGCUAUUUAUCACAGAGACGACGGACUAGGCGAGGCUAUCUAUCUGAGAAAUAUCGUGGACUUUGAAACUCCGCCAAAGAACCGUGAAACAGAAAUGUUCAUGCGUCUACAAACUGAUAUCCUGAAUGGUGACCCUCCAGAGUUUUAUACAGACCUAAACGGUCACCAGAUGAUCAAAAGGACGAAGAUAGAGAGAAUUGGCAUAGAAGGUAACUACUUUCCCAUCACCACUAUGGCCUACAUAGAAGACACCAAUCACAGACUUACUCUGUUGGUGAAUCACUGCCAAGGAGCAGCCAGUUAUCAGCCAGGCUGGCUAGAAGUAAUGUUAGACAGGAGGACGCUAUACGAUGACUCCAGAGGAAUGGGUGAAGGUCUUCUGGACAAUCGUAGAACUGUCAUCAAGCACUGGCUACUGCUAGAAGACAUCACCGGGGAAAAGGACAAGUACUCCAAGCCUUCCCUCUUCGCCAAUCAUCUAAGCAACGCUCUCAACUAUCCUGUAAACAUUUUCGUAGUGGAUGGUACAGAAGGUGACAUAGCAAUGGCACCAGAGGUUAGGCUACUAAGUCAAAGUUUCCCCUGUGAUCUGCAUCUGUUAAAUUUGAGGACCAAUCACGAUCAAAAGCUGCCACACUUCCCUGUGAAUAGUGCCCUGAUGGUGCUCCAUAGACAAGGUUACAGUUGCUCUGUGGGAGUGGACGUGGCCAUGAAACACUGUCCACUGACUGAGAAAAUUGGUCAAGGGACUUCGUUCUUCAAACUAGCGAAUCUUAAUGUGACCAAGACUUCGCUAACCGGCACCAAGACGAAGCAGAGGCUAAAGGACGGUCUCCAGGGGGUGAGCCUACAGCCCAUGGAGGUGGAAACAUUCAACGUAAACUUCGUCCAAUGAUCGUAAGCCCACCAGAAGCGUUUGCCUGCCUUCUCAACAGGACACUGCCCUGGCAGAUGCUACCUCUUCGGGUCUUCGUGCAAUCCACUGGAAUCAGAGAGGGGAAUUGCCCUACAGAUGGCGCUGGGACCGUGUUCUUCUUGCCCCAUUUGUUACCUUGUAUUCCAUGGUCAAUUCAGUGUACAUACUUAGACGCCACGGUGAUGUUGACUGUGUCAGCAUCAGUGUACAUACACAAACCAGGCCAUCACACUGUGCUCCAUUCUCUACCUUUUAGUUGAGUUUCUAAUUAGGCAGGCAGGGACAGGAAGAGAGAGUCCACAUAAGAAGAGAAAUUAUACAUGCUCGCUGUGUCCUCUGACUUCACGUUAGAUUCACAAGGUUUCCUAUGCUCCUCAAAUCAUCUUACACGACUGUAGGAAUAUGUAGGAGUCAGAAAUCAUUUCUGAAGCCCGAUCUCCAUCGCUGAAACCAUUCAGAUGUUUCUACACCAGUCAAUUUUUACUCCCAGAUACUUUAAAGGGAUUACCGCGCGAGACCUGGCUUCAGAAGCAUGCCAAAACAAACUGACGACACAAUCAAACGAUCAAAGUGCAUUACAGACUAGUAAUCUGUACAAAGGUAGAGAUUCAGUUCGCGCGAGGCGCAUGGGAAUAGUGUGGAUUAUGGUGAACAGGGUGCUCCACUUAGCUUAUCCGUUUGAAUAACUUUAUGAUUGAGAUUAUUCUUGAGAAUGGAUAGUUUGUUGAUGGAAAUUAAUCAAAAAAGAUUCUUAGACCUUCGAUUUCGUAAUUGAUCAGCUCCGGAAAAAAGACCCAGAUGACAAAAUGGUGAAUCGAAACAAUUUUGUGGGAAGUGUUAAUUCUGAUUCUUUAACAGUAUAAUGGUUGUUGAAAAGCUUCUUUUUAAUUUUUUUUAAAUAUACAAAGUAAGGAAAAGUUUACAAAUAAACUAAUAUAAAUUCUCAUAAAUCUUCUAAAUAUUCUAAGUUCCUCUAAGAACUAGUAGGUUACUUCGCUUAGGACAAUAAAGUUUGCCCCAUAAAAAACAGAUGAUUUGUAGAAUACACGUCAAAUGUUUUAGCUAAAUGGACUCACCGUGUGAAAUAUUAUAAAUAAUAUAUUAUAUUGUACAUAUCAAAACUGGACUUAACCUUAGACCGUAUAUUGUGAUAGCGUGAGAUAUAUAAUGUAAAUGGUAUACACCUAUUUUCAUAUGCAAAACGUUAAACGAUAAGACUCUCUCUUCCUUCUCCAGACAGAGUGAUGAAAGAAAAUGAAAUCAAUCGCCAGAGACCACUGGUGACUUCCAACGCUCUUCCAAUUCUAGCGGGGACACGAUUUAGUUGAGCCUGAAGGCUGGAAAGUACCUAUUUUUUACUUUUGCUAAGCGAAUCCGGCUGGAGAGACGAAAAGGUUCGAUCAGGCAUCCGCUGUACGACAGACUCGUGUAAAUAUUAGACUAAUUAGCAAGAGAGGAAGCGUCGUACGGGUUCCACGCGAAUUUUUACAACCAAACCCUUCAUUGAAGUACGCUUCUUGGUCAGAGAAGAGGUUAGGUUUCAAUUUCUCGUGACCAGCUUAUUUCAACAACUCAUCGAGCCUAGAGUGGCUUGUAUAAACAUUUGUUAUACGAUUGUUAAGGUGUUUUUAAUUUUAUCUGUUGAAUAUUUGACAUUUUUACAAAUUUUAUCAAUGACUCUUUCAUGAAAUUAGGGGCAUCUAAAUAAAGUAUCAGGCAAAAGUAUUCAAAAUAAAUUUUUCAAUUUAUAUAUAUUACAUUUUUUAAUUAGUUAUUAUUUUAUUCGUAAGUUUUGGAGAAGAUAUAUGCUAGGAAAAAUUUCACUGACGAUUCUACUGCUGGGGAUUUUAUUCCACUGCUACUAAUAUUUUACAAGGGGACUCCAACGCAGAUGAUGCGUUUGUGUGCAUCUGCAAUUAAGCUCAGGUUGUUGACCUCCUAGUUUUCUAUUCUAAAUACUCGGUGGAUUUAAUGAUAUAAACAAGUAAAUCGUUGGUGAUGUGAUUAAUAGCAUGUCCUGGUAAUGGAGAAACUAUAGGGGCAGAGAUAAAGAAAUACGCUCUAGUUCCUUUUAACUUUAACUCUAUUCGUCAUUUUUAUUGAUUUAACUAUGCUUUAAACUAAGAAAAUAUAAAUUAGUAUCUAAUAUUUUGUAACCAGAAAAAUCGAAGUACAAUUAUUUUUAAGAUUUUUGAAGUACAAGUAGUAGAAAAUCUAUAAUCUGAAAAAACUCGUAUAUGAAGAUACUAGUACCAAUCUUCGAAGAAGAAAACACUAGUUACUGGCAAAGGGACAACCUGUCUCCAAGUAAGCCAACUGAAGAAAGUAAAAUAUCAAGAUGAUUGUUGAACACGUCACCACCAACAGAUUCGCGUUGGAACACCGGAGAAUUAGAUUAAAAAAAAAAAAAAACGAUCGCCGGAGAUCCGUGACUGUCCUUGUAACGAUAUUGUAACAUACUACGUGUUUGUGCUGUCUCUAGAGAAGAAAGAUCUAUAUUAAAGAUGGUAUAUGUAUACAUACGUGUACGUGUGCACACGGCAUGCACGUGUGUAGUACACGUAUAUAGAGAUAUAUUUGCAAAUCGCUGGGACCACUCGCAAGAAUAGCUGCUUGCGAGCUGUCCAGCUGGAUGAGGACAAUUACACACCACGAUAUUCCUUAUGUUAUGAUGUAAUAUUAUAUUUAUUGAAUAAAGAUAGUAACUGACGUAUUUUAA